CAGGCGGCGACAGCGGCCUUCGCGAUGUCCUCUCGAGAAGCGCCGAGACCACGUCUUACGUGGCCUCCAAGACCAUCAGCGCCAGGGACGCCGCCGCCGUCCGGCCAGCUCGCCUCGACGCCGGUGGCAUGUACGAGGCGGAGCAGUCCGUAUGGGAUGCCGCUGCAUUCAUCGGGCACGAGUCGAGCAUAGGGCCAGGGGUGUCCAUAAUCCUUGCGCUGCUUUGGGCGCUGAACAUCGCCAUGCAGAUUGCUUUCUGUGUCCUCGUGUUUCUUUACAUGCAGGACGCGGACAUCACCACGGAUACCCUGGACGAGCUGCUGACCUGGAGGGUAACGGUAGCCCACCAUGUUGACUAUGCUGACACGGUGGUGCAGCGGUCUAUGAUCGCGGACAUGUGUGGAGAGAACGCGCAGGCCCAGUUGCACAUGUCGGCCACGCAGGCGUCCUGGCACGAGACCAUUCAGAAUUUUAAUCAAGGAGGAGAUAUACUGAUGUACCUGGCUCAGACACUGUGGAUCUGCACUGUAUUCAGAGAGCUGACGGCAGCCUGGAACUUUGGGAGCGCGCUCUUUUUUUUGAAUCGCGGGCAUAAGACUAGAAUACUAGUCACGGAGAGCGACGACGCCUCUUUUAAUGAAGAAAGGAAUGAAGUUUCGAGAGUUUCGAGGACACCCUCUGGCAGCUUGGAGACUCUUCUGACCUUGAUGGUGGUAGUCAGGGUAAAAUCAAUCACUACCCUGCGCUACUGGGCGUGCCUUGUUCUGAUCGCCUUCUGCCGGUUUGCAGUGGGUGUCACGAUAGGUUUCGCUGGGAUCUUAUACUUGUCGAAGACCAAUGUCAAGGAGGACCUCGUGCUGAACGCCAUCGCACUAGAAUUCAUCAUGGGGAUUGACGAGCUGCUAUUUGCCGUGUUUGCCCCACGGCGUAUGCAGACACUCAUGGCGAACCUCGAGGCGUUGCCUUGCCCAGACAAGGUAUUUACACGGGCGCCUGGCUGUCUCGCAAUGGUGAAAGUCGUGCUGGUGUUCGCCAUCCUGCUCUCUGUUCAAAUCACCCUGCUGAACCCUUUCUUCAUGACGCUAAAGCAGGCCGACAGCAUCCUGUGCGAGGGCGAGCAGAACUUUGUCUGGGCAGUGAACCCCGCGACGCAGAUGGUCCACGUCGCCAGGUCAGCCCCCGCCGACGAUGCGUGGCAGCUGGUGCACCUCCACGUCCUGCAGGUGGCGCAGCCGCCCCUCGCCGUGGACGAGGGCACGUGGACGCCGGCGGGGGCGGAUCCGCUGGCGAUGGAGUACGCCACGAGCGCCGACACCCGAGCGGUGCUCGAGGCACAGGAGGAGGCGAGAGGCAUCUCCGCCGUGCCGUACGACGCCGACUACUUCAACAAGGUCCUCCUGCUCAGCAUGAGCACCCUGGAGGCGGCCGCCGGGAGCCUGACGUGCCAGAACAUGGGGAACGGCCAGUCGGUGGAGGCUGCGAGGGAGUACCUCCAGGAGCUCCUGAACGACACCAGCGUCCAGAACUGCUCGGACGUUGCCUGGCAGCUGUGCGGGGAGUACGACCGGGCGGACCUGCGCGCGAUCUGCCCAGUCCACUGCGAGUGCGACAUGCCGGGCCGAUACAGGAGUGCGUACGCCGGGUUUUUUCAGACCGCGGCCGGCGGUUGCCCGUCGCAGUGCGACGUCUUGAAGGCCGCCCGCAACGAGAUUCUUCAGGGAGCGGCCGCGGUGCAGCUGUCUUUAGCGACAACUGACGGCGUGUUUGCCUGCCAAGAUUUGGGGGAAGAUGCGUUUUCUUUCGAUGACAGCUGCGUCAAUUUGGACCAGUUCGGGCCCUACUACAGCCGCAACCUAAAAAAUUGUGAUGUUAUGCAGCAGAGCGACUGCAGUGGCUUUGACGAUUCCGAUUUCACGGCUGCAGACAUGUGCUGUAAAUGCGGUGGGGGAGUUCUGGAGACGUCAACCAGUAUUGAAUGCGUUAAUCAUUUGUCGGAAGAGUGUAAAAACAUGGACGUUCCUGCGUUUUGGUACCUGAUAUACGUGAGGGGCUUGUUCCAAUAUUUGACGUCCAUGACAGAUUUCGAGAAACGUGUGCGCGAGGUCCUUGCCCAGACCUCUCUAGACAUCACGAUCAACAUGGAUCCCUCAGCUGAAGAACGGCUCGCAGAGUGGAUUGUGAGCGGGAACAUGGCACAGUCGAUGGUUGAUGGCAGAUGGGAGCUCAUGCCUGGCUACCGGCAUCCACGUGGGCGGACUGGCUGUGAGUAUUUAGCAUCGUUUGAGAUCAAAGCGCUUCUAGGCAUCGACUUGUGUGCCCCGGGCUCCUUCAUGUCGAUCAAGUUUCUCUGCCCGCAGACCUGCGGCUGCACUCAGUCGGCCUACAUGACCAUGGGCGAUGAGUACGAAGAGGAGUCGGACCUCAUGACCUUCACGUACGACAAGGCGGCGCUGACGGAGUGCCCCGCCGCCUGUGUGCUCCCGCAUCCCGACAUCAGCGGCUCGGACGCGUACCUCAACUACACCAUGAGUGAGGGCGGCCGCCGCAGAGUGUGAGCCGCCGAGGGGCCCCGCGCGGUGGAAUCCGUGGACGCCCGAGGGGCCCAGCGCAGCGGAAUCCGUGGAGUCGCGAGAGCUCUGGCCACGUGUCGGGCCACCCCUUGCGGUGCGGCAGGUUCGCAUCGUACUUACUGGCGGCGACCCCGCUGCUGGCGUCCAGCGUGGAACGCCGCGGGCGACCCAGAAUCGGUCGACGUUGUUCCAGCCAAUUUGUGAUCUGCCCCUUGAGGAUUUGACAAUCCGAUUAGCAGCGCUCACAUCUGUAGGGCCUUGCGACACCACACCACCACGUGCUCAAGCCACAGUGGCGGAUUUUUGAUGCUUGCCGCCGGCGUUGUUUGCUGGGCCCUUCGUGCCCGGUACCCUACCUCAUGCGCCUGCUCCUGCCUGGGUCCUCCUCCUUCUUCUCCUUCAUUCCUUUCGCCUCCCUCGCUGGCCGCCCCGGCGCCACUCCUGCCGACGCGCUCGCCCUCCUCCCCCGCCCGGCUCCCUGCGGCCGCCCUCCUUGCUCCUUCCCUCC